CACGGACACGCGGAAACCCCGGCCCUCUGAAAGUGACGGCUGAGGAUCAUGAAAGCCUCGAGACUUCAUGCGGCGUUGCUUCCGUUGAAAUGCCCACUCCUCAGGCGUUUCGACCUCAAUGCCCUCCAAAUCUUCCGUCAGUCGCAGCGGUGACACUCCAGCUCCCUUCUGCCUGUAUUGACCCUUCCAUCAGAUCACUUCGGAAGCCAGAGCGAUCGGCCUUCCGGGACUUCGUAUUCUGACAGAGCUCCCGGUUUGAGAAGCCCUCGAAGGCCUUCAUAAGGUCUCAGUCCAUCAGAGCUUCCGGCAAGAGGAGCAGUGGCGGUGGGAGAGGUGUCUGCCGGGGCUUUGCGUUCUGGCAGAAUUUCCAAACUGGGAUUCCUGUCAGCGCGAGGAUGUGUAUUCUUCAACCGUGCGCGGAUCCCCAAGAGGAGGGCGUCUGGUGGAGGGACGACACCUCCUGGAAGAAGUAUGAAUCUGCGCUUCAAUCGCAGAUCAGGAAUGGUGUAUCGUCUGGUUUGAAGGCUAUAGACCUUGGAACGAUCAAGUCGUCCGUGCAUCCGAAUGGAGCACGCUACACGGUGAACCUGCAAAAGAUGGAGCAGGUGGCCGUAAGCAGCGGGCAGAUUAGGCCCAUCAAGAUUAUCGACCGCCAGGCAGUCCAGGCAGUAGUCAAAAAGACUCCUCCACAACUCACUAUGGCACCACCCCCGCCGCCUCAGCAGAGGAAUCCGGCAAUAGUCCAUUACAAGGACUCGUCUGGUGUGUUGAAACAGUACGACCAGGACAUCGCCACCGCGUUGCUGAGGGCAAUCGUCAGUUCUCAGAGGUCGCUGUUAAUCACGAGCUCCAGGACCGGCUUAAAUUAUUAUUUCGAUAUUCCGAAUAUGACCCAGUGUUUCAUCGACGAAGACGGUUCUGAGCUUGAUGAGCUGCCGGUGCAAGUGGUCAUAGAGGUUCCAUGGGAUCCUCAGGCGAUGGUUUCCCUCUUCAGAAAAUCGGAGGGGGUCAUGAUCAGAAAGGUGCUCUCUCUGACCCUUGAGCAGUACCGGAGCAACCAUUAUCUGGAUGCGACUCUUCCCGUCCAAGCAUCUCCGAGGAAGAUUAUUUCCAAGGAUUUGAACUUGGACAUCAAGCCAGGGCAUCCAAUAUACGAAGGCUUUUUGGAUGUCUUGCACUUCACCGUACUGGCAGUCCCGGAGGCUAUCGAAUCCUUUAUAUCUCGCGCAGCAGCGACACCAAGUCGUUCUGGUGACGAAUUGCCGGUUGUUCGCACGGUUUUCAAGCCGGCUCCUAGGAAGGUGUCGAAAUCCAGCGAUCCCUCGAGCAAGGAAGUGAGCACCUUCUGGUGCGACAUGGCAGCACCUCUGGCUGCCGCUCACGCACUGGUGUACGGCACCGCAGUCCAGCUGCGAGUGAUGGCGUAUCUUAUAAUCACUCCUCCUGCUGAGCUGAAGCGCAGGAAGAUCUCUUGCCAAUCUGAUGUCGUCCGUAUCAAUCCAGAGCACUGCUUGUCUUUGGCUCUGCUCAAUGUGAGUGGUUGAACGUCGUCGAUCUUCUCGAGAACGCCUGGAGGGUGUUAUUCUCGUCAUGUGCUGGUGAAGGAAAUCAUUCAUUUACUUUUGAGGUCAACUUCGUGAACUUGCCCCUUAGACGUGAAUGACUUGAUUUAAGCGCAAUUAGCGUCCGUAAGCGGGGCCUAAUUAAAUAAAAUUCUCCGCCUACUACAGUAAGCUUAUUUUCAUGCCCGAUACAUUUCCUCUUCAGCGAGUGGUGGGCGAAAUGGCGCUUCUACGUUAGUCAAAUCGGUCUUGCCCUCCAAGGCGACCCUCCUCCUUUUUCGAAAGAUGGCAAAAGAGAGAACCGAGGAUUUCCUCCAACACUCGGUGAUGUGCGGAAGUAAUUAGUUACGAUAUAGUUGCGAUAGGGAAUAUACAGGUCUCCCGUGAGCGGAGAGUCCAAUUUUGUAAAUAUCCAGCAGUCGAAAUAAAGGAGCAUGCUCUUUGAUGAAGCC